UGUGAAAAGUUGUUACAGUCCUCAGAAUGGCUUAUAGAGGUUUGUCGCUGUGGGUCUGCUGGCUGGUGCUGAUCGUAGGACGAUGCGAGGCGACCUAUCCACCAUGUCUGGAUGGAAUCAUGAUGAACGUGGUUCUGCUGGAUGACGACGUCUCUCCCUGGAGUAUGAAGUUUGUCCGUGGUGCUGUGGAACGUGCGAUACAGCACGACGCUGAACUCACCUGCUGUCCAAAUGGAGUGAAGCGCAACCUGACUGCCAACUUUCGAGGGCUCGAGACUAGUUUGUACAGCAAUAAAGGCUGUCGAAGCAGCACCUGUGAGGUGGUGGAGACCGUGAAGAACCUAAAUAGGACAGGGGAGGUGGGCUGUGCUCUCCUGGGGCCCACCUGCACCUAUGCAACCUUUCAGAUGGUUGAUCUUGAGGUUGGUCUGGAGCUCAAAAUGCCCAUCAUCUCAGCAGGCAGCUUUGCUCUGUCCUGUGACUACAAAGAAUAUCUGACUCGCAUACUUCCCCCCGCACGCAAGAUCUCCACCUUCUUCAUCAAGUUUUGGGACUUCAACAAUGAUAUCAAACCCAAGUGGUCCACAGCCUCCCUCUAUAAGAAGCAGAACACUGAGGACUGCUUCUGGUAUAUCAAUGCACUGGGUACAGCUUCAGCCCACUUUUCCUUACACAUAAAAAAAACAAACGUCAUAAGCAAAGCAGAGGACCUUAGAAAGGAAUUAAGCUCCAAAAAUAGGACAAGUAAUUUGUUCAUAGUGUGUGGGACACCAGAAGACAUCGUGGACCUGAAGAAUGGAACUAUAGAGGAUGAUCCUAGUGUUGUUUUCAUCCUGAUCAAUCUUUACAAUGAUAAGUACUACACCAAUAAGUCCUCUAUCCCUGCUAUGAAGAACGUGUUGGUUCUCACCAUGCCCAACACUAGGAACUAUACUGUGGACACAGACCUGGGCAACAACGUGAUGAUGAAUGACUAUAUGGCAGCGUACCAUGAUGCAGUGCUGAUGUUUGGUCAGGUGAUGAGGAAGCUCUGGAACAAGCCUGAGUCUGAGCUCAACCCCAUGGAGGUAGUCAACAUCAACCACUUCAGAAACGUUUCCUUUGACGGCAUUGCAGGCCACUACAAGCUGGAUGACUAUGGGGACAGAGAUGUGAAUUUUUCAGUCAUUUACACUACCACUGACAACAAGUAUGAAACUUUAUUUAUAUUCAACACCGUCUACAACUACACCAAGGUCGUUAACAGUAACCCAUCAUUCAUCUGGGGCAGAAGCCUCCCAGAUGACGCUCCAUCCCAGCGUCUGAAGGCGCAUGCUAUCAUUGUCAUUGUGUUAGCUGUCACUGUGGUGGGGGUGGCUACCAUCGCUUUCAUCUUCUACAGGAGGAACAAGAGAGAGCGCCGGCUGAGGAAGAGAUGGUCACACAUGCACUCUGACCUCAUCACCCCGCUGGAGUACAAUGAACGCAGCCUGGUCUCCCUCAAGAUUGACGAAGACCACAGAAAAAACACAAGUUAUAAUAUCCACCAAGGACGCUAUGACAAAAAGAUUGUGAUCCUGAAGGAGUUGAACCAUUCGGACUGGAACUUUAAUGAGAGUCAGAGGAUAGAACUCAACUCGCUUUUGCGUAUUGACUACUACAACCUGACUAAGUUCUACGGCACAGUCAAGUAUGAUCAUGGUGUGUUUGGGGUGUUCGAGUACUGUGAGAGAGGAUCCCUAAGGUAUGUGCUGAAUGACAAGAUCUCGUACCCGGAGGAAACCUUCAUGGACUGGGAGUUUAAGAUCUCUGUCAUGUACGACAUCGCUAAGGGUAUGUCCUACCUCCACUCCAGUGACAUCCAGGUCCACGGCCGUCUCAAGUCCACUAACUGUGUGGUGGACAACCGCAUGGUGGUCAAGAUCACUGAUUUUGGCUGCAACACCAUUCUAGACCCAGGCAGAGACCUGUGGACAGCUCCAGAGCACCUGCGUAGACAGGGGAUCUCCCAGAAGGGGGAUGUCUACAGUUUUGCCAUUAUCGCCCAGGAGAUAGUUCUCAGGAGGAGCACCUUUUACACCCAGGCCUGCUCCGACCGCGCAGAAAAAAUGGCCAGAGUGCAAUACCCCAGCGAAAUCUAUUUCAGACCUGAUCUGAAUGUUGAGACUGCAGGAGAAAAGGAUUUGGAGAUGUACAUGCUGAUGAAGAUGUGCUGGGAUGAGGACCCAGAGCGAAGGCCUGACUUUAAGAAGAUAGAGAGCUCACUGGGGAAGAUAUUCAGUAACCUGCACAACCAAGCUAAUGAGAGUUACAUGGACAACCUGAUCCGUCGUCUACAGAUGUACUCCAGGAACCUGGAGCAUCUGGUGGAGGAGAGGACGGCGCUGUACAAGGCUGAGAGAGACAGGGCCGACUGCCUCAACUUUAUGCUGCUGCCUGGUCCUGUGGUGCGUUCUCUGAAGGAGACGGGCAUUGUGGAGCCGGAGCUGUUUGAGGAGGUAACGGUGUACUUCAGCGACAUUGUGGGCUUCACCACCCUGUGCCAGUACAGCACCCCCAUGGAAGUGGUGGACAUGCUCAACGAUAUCUACAAGGGAUUCGACUGCAUCCUCGACCACCACGAUGUAUACAAGGUGGAGACCAUAGGUGAUGCGUACAUGGUGGCGUCGGGGUUGCCGCAGCGGAACGGUAACAGGCACGCGGUGGACAUCUCACGCAUGGCCCUGGACAUUCUGGCAUUUAUGGGGACCUUCCAGCUCAGACACCUGCCAGGGCUACCUGUGUGGAUCCGCAUUGGGAUGCACUCAGGCCCCUGUGCAGCAGGAGUGGUGGGGAUAAAGAUGCCCAGAUACUGCCUGUUUGGAGACACAGUCAACACUGCCUCUAGCAUGGAGUCAACGGGACAUCCCCUGAGAAUCCACGUCAGUCAGCCCACCAUCAGCAUCCUACAGAGGACAGACUGCAAGUUUGAGUACGAGAAGAGAGGGGAGACUAUCCUCAAGGGUAAAGGCACAGAGUUGACCUACUGGCUGACAGGUGAAACAGGAGAGGACUACAACCUGCCAACGCCACCGACAGCGGAGAACUGCCAGCGUCUGCAGCAGGAUCUGGCCAAGAUGAUCCAGGAAUGUCUGGACAACCGUUCGCUGGGGUCAGAGGUCAUGGAGAAGAGGAAUACCCUGUCCAUGAAGCAGAGGAGGGCGGGGAGGGACGGAGGGGAGCAGACGGGCGAGGAGGAGGAUGACAAUGACCAGCCGGCAUACCUCCAUCUGGCUACCGUCGACAACUUCACUACUUUCUUAUAGUUAUUUUGAUCAGGAGAAAUAUGGUUAUUAUUCCAAUGUAUGUGACCUUAGAUUGUGUGAAAACUAUCUACAUAAGUACAUUUGUGGUUCAGUGGUAUAAUUCUCGCCUGCAACGCGCGAGGCCCGGGUUCAAUUCCCGGUAAAUGCUUCUACUAAAAUCAGAGUUUUUGUUUGUAAUUAAACUAUUUGUAUGUUUUGCCUAGAAAGUUAUAGUCGCUAGUGUUUGUAUAAGAUAUAAACUGAAUGUUUUAAAUAGUUUGUUUGGUUCAAAUUGAAAGACUAAUUAAUUAAACUUAAAAUAAGAGCGAAGCGAAUUUUGGUGCAAGACGAUGUCUGUUCGCUAAAUUAUCUGUUUGAAUAAUGUAUUGGGAAUGGAGUCGUAAUUAAAAUGCUGAAAGUAAGGAAGAGUUA